ACGGAAGUGGCUGCUCCUCACAUUCUGUGCUCUGUUACCGGGCAGAUUAGUUGCUUCUCCGGGUUGUGUCGCUGUCUCAGAGAAGAACAUCAUGGACAAAGUUGUAUUCCUCACUUUUAGCCUGGUUUUACUUUUAUCUCAGGUAAACUACAGCUCCUCCAGACUGAGGAGAGUCCACAAGGCUCGGAUUCUGGGUUUCGACUGGCAGAACUGCGGACAGCCCGAUGCUCCAGCUGUCCUGAAGACGCUGACGGUGUCUCCGGACCCGAUCUCCAUCCCCGGAGACCUGACCGCCUCGGCUUCUGGAUCCACAUCUGUGGAGCUCGCUGCCCCGCUGUCUGUGAACGUGACGCUGGAGAAGGAGGUAGCAGGGUUCUGGGUGAAGAUUCCCUGUCUGGAGGAGCUGGGCAGCUGCCACUAUAAGGACGCCUGCGACAUCCUGAACCAGCUCAUGCCCCCCGGGCCGCUCUGCCCCGAGCCGCUGCACACCUACGGGCUGCCCUGCCACUGCCCCUUCAAAGCUGGCUCGUACUCUCUUCCCCAGUCGGACUUCUCUCUGCCCGACAUGGACCUCCCUUACUGGCUGACCAACGGACACUACCGGGUGCAGGGGGUUUUGGGGGCAGAGGGCAAAGAGCUGGGCUGUCUCAAGCUGGCUCUGGCUCUCCACUCCGCCUGAACCCAAACACACUCGGCUUCAUGUCUGUUUGCACAUAAGGGAGAUUCAAAAUUGGGAAAGCAGAAGUUGCACACGGUACUGAACCUGGUCAACCUUUACAGGGGCUUUACAACAUUUGAACUUGAGGACAAAGAGGAAGUUAGUCCUGUAGCAAUAUUCAAUUUGAGUGCAUGAAAGUGAAACUCUCCUCUGUUUUUAAAACCCAUUGAAUGCAGCCUCUAAGAACCACAGGCCUGGCAGCUAUUCACAAUGCAAUAGUGUUCAAAAACGAUUGAUUUGGGAGGUUUGGAGGUCAGUUCUCUCCACUGUCUUACAGAAAAUGAGCUUCAAUCAAACACAUGUCCUUUUUUUAGAAAUGCUAUCACAUGCAUAUAUGUGGAAAUCAACUUAUAAUUGAAUAUCAGCAUCUUAUUUAGAUAAAGACAGUCUAACUGCAACGUGUUUGACCUCCAAUGGCUUAAACACCUUUUAACUCAGUUGUUUUGUGAGUAAAAGUCAAAAACAGACGGACAUAAAGCUCCUUUUAAAAUCAUUUCAAUAUGAAUGUUAAUUAUUCAUUCAGCUUGAGGGCGCUUUGUGCGUUUUUUGCCAAUUGUUUCCACUGUAAUAAGAUGAAGGUGAGGUUGAAAGUCAUUCCAGUGUAACACAUUUUAUAUAUAUGAUUCUCACAGUUUGGAAACGUCAUCCACAAAAGAAAGUCGAGUAUUAUUUGUUUAAAGUGUCUACUGCUUCUCUCUCAGAAUUCUUAAAAAAAAUCUGAAUUUUAAAAAACGUUUUUGUUUUUGUAAAAAAUUCAUUUUGACUUUUUUCUGAGAAUUAAAAAAAAUUGACAUCUAAAAAAAAAAAGUCAGAAUUCAGAAAAAAAGUGAAAGUUCUGAAAAAAAUGGGACUUCAAAAAAGGAAGUCAGAAAUGUGAGAUUUUACUGAGAAACAGGAACAAAGUCACAAUUCUGAGAAAGAAAAAACUGAGAUAAAAUAAUUCUGACUUUUAUUCAGAGUUCCGAAAUAAAUCCAGAUUUCAAAUCAAAUCUGAAAUCUGGGAAAACAAAUGUAGACUUUUUCUCAGACUUCCGACGCUCUUCCUUCUCUCUUUCCGUUUUUCGCUGAUUCUUUAUUAAAGAUUUUAUACGUUUUAUCGUUUCUGUUUGGGAAAGGGUUUUUCAGAGACGACGAGUCAAAGCUGGGAAUUUUAUCAUCUCAUGUUCAUAGAUUUGUUAUCAGUGACAGGAGCUGGUUUAUGAGUAUUGACCAAGUGCCUGAUUAGAUCUAUUGGAGGAAUCACUGUUUAUCCAAUAAAUCAUUGACUGAUAUGUUGGAGUUAUUAGCUCAUUUUCAUUUGCCUUCUUGUUUGUUUGUUUGUUUUUCUAUGGUUUUGAAAAAGUGAUGCAUUAUGUUUGUGAUUUCACAUGUUCAAAAUGAAAAUUAAAUUCUUCAAGCAUU